AAAACACUGUUUAUGAAACAACUGCCAAUAGACAUACUUUAUUUGAAAAAUCUCUACUUAUUGAUUCUGAUCUAGUUGUUGUUCCUGCUGAUUAUCCAACUAUCCUUGCAAAUGCUGGUUGUAUUCUAACAGCAAAUCAAACCUGUGAUAUAAUAGAUACAUCUG